UAUUCCGAGAAACCCUCAUAGUUAUUGAGCUUGUGCAGUAGAAAAGCGAGCACUGUGUACGUAAUAAAAGUUGUCAUUAGCCGGUUUUUCACAAUUUCACCGAUUUCGAGCCAGAGAUGGAUUGCAACAGUAUUUUGCGGAAAUAUUCCCGUUAUUUACUAAUUGUUUUCAAUUUUUUAUUUGUGCUGACGGGAGUGGUCAUUUUAUCAGUCGGCGCCUCCGUUAAGGCCUACUACAAUGAAUACACCUCUUUUCUCGACGACAAAUACAUCUACGCCUCCGACCUUCUAAUCAUAAUUGGCGUAAUUAUUUUCAUCAUUGCAUUUUUUGGAUGCUGUGGAGCACUCAAGGAAAAUGCAUGCAUGACUCAAACUUUUUCAAUGAUGCUCAUUGUUAUCUUCAUUCUUGAACUUAUUGUUGGAAUCGGAGGUUUGGUUUUGAAACACCAAACGGACGAAAUGAUCGAUAAAGCCCUUACUGGCACUUUGCGAAGAUAUAAUACUCCAAAUAACACUGAAAUCACCAAUUUGUGGGAUACAGUUCAAGAAAAUUUCCAAUGUUGCGGAAUUCAAAAUUACACUGAUUGGGAAAAUGUCACUUCGACUCACGGACAACUCCCGGUGACUUGCUGUAACUUCCCUCAUGGAAGUUUCGGCAAUGUGACUUGCAAUGAAAAGAGUGAAGGGCUUCACAGAGAGGGCUGUUUGGAAGUUUUUAGUGAUUAUAUUGAAGGGCACGCCACUACGGUUGAAAGUGUUGGACUGACUUUCGCCAUAAUACAGUUGCUUGGUAUUAUAUUGUCCUGUUACUUAGCCAAGCAGAUUCGAAGUGAUUACGAAACGGUUUAAUCCCUCUCUUGUAUUAAAUACAAGCAAUAAAAUUAGUUAACCCUGAAUAUUAUAAUUGUUAUUUUUUUUCUCUGUAGGGUUAUAUUGUAACAAUAAUCAUUAAUUUAAGUCGCACUUCCUGACGAUCCAGUGUAGGUUUUUGUAAUAAAUGUUUCAACCUUU